AUGAUUCAAUCUUCAAUUAGAAAAUGUUUAACUUCAAUAAAACCAAAUAAUAUAAUUGGUAGAAGUAAAGUUAACAUUAUCAAUAUCAAUUUCAAUAUCAAUAAUAGAAACAUUAGAUACUUUGCAUCAAAUAGUAGUAGUAGUAGUAAUAAUAAUAAUAAUAAUAAUAACAAUGGUAAUAGCGGUGAAAUAUCAAUGUGUAACAACAAUAUAAAUAGUAACAAUAAUAAUAGUAACAAUAACAAAGAAAAAGAUAAUUUAAUAAGAGUAUUAGAAGAUGAUAAACUAAGGAAUAUUUCCACAACAGGAUUAGUUGAUACAUUAUAUAAAAAAUCGAACCAAUCUGAAUUACCAUUAGAGAAUCCAAUUUCAUCAAUACAACAAGCUACUGGAGGCAGUAGUAUAAUGGAAUUAUCAGAACAAUAUACAGACCCAUUAUUAGAUCCAGUUGUUAAAGUUUUCUCAGUUUUAACUUCUCCAAAUUAUUUUAUACCUUGGCAAAUGAAACCACAAAGAGAAGUAACUGGUAGUGGAUUUAUAAUUAGUGGUAAAAGAAUUUUAACAAAUGCACAUGUUGUAGCGGAUCAAACAUUGGUGAUGGUAACCAAAUUUGGUAAUCCAAAUAAAUUUCCAGCCAAAUUAGUUUCAUCAGCACAUGAUUAUGAUUUAGCAAUGUUAACAGUGGAGGAUGAUGAGUUUUGGGAAGGAUUAAUUCCGUUGGAAUUGGGUGAUUUACCAGAUUUACAAGAUACUAUUACAGUGGUUGGUUUUCCAACUGGUGGAUCAAAUAUUUGUGUGACACAAGGUGUUGUGUCUAGAAUUGAUCUUCAACCUUAUGCACAUAGUGAGACAAGAUCAUUAUCGAUUCAAAUCGAUGCAGCUAUUAAUCCAGGUAAUUCUGGUGGUCCAGCAUUAAAAGAUGGUAAAGUUGUAGGUAUUGCAUUUCAAAAUUUAACAGGUGCAUCAUCGGUUGGUUUCAUUAUACCAACACCAGUGAUUCGUAGAUUCAUUAGAGAUAUCGAAUUGAAUGGUAAAUUCACUGGUGUACCAAUGUUGGGCAUAGUUUCACAAAAUUUAGAUUCAAUGCCAAAGGAAUACUUUAAAAUUCCAACCGAUUCACCAAUUACAGGUGUGGUUGUAAACGAGUUACAUCCAUUCUCUGCCGCAAAAGGAUUGAUUCAAGUAAAGGAUAUUAUAACUCAUAUCAAUGGUGUAUCAGUGGCUGAUGAUGGUUCAAUUGCUUUUCGUAGACGUGAACGUAUUAGUUUUGGUUAUCUAUUUAGCAAUCAUUUCAUUGGUGAUCAAAUCGAUUUAACAGUAUUAAGAAAUGGUGAACGUUUAAAUGUACGUGUACCAUUGGUUAGUCAAUUCAGUGUUGUACCAUUCCAAAUGUAUGAUAGUCGUCCAAGUUAUUUCGUUUAUUCAGGUUUAGUUUUCGUACCAAUCACUUAUCCAUUCUUACAAGAAUUAUCCGAUGAUUUGGCAGUAACCUAUCGUAGAGUUUAUGAACGUAUUGAAAAAAUCACAUCUGAAGAUUUUCAAGUUGUCAUAUUAUCUCAAGUACUUUUUGACAAAACUAAUCAUGGUUACUCAAAUUUAAGUUUAACAGAGGUUAAAAGAGUUAAUGAUAUUCCAGUUAAAAAUUUAAAACAUUUAGUACAUUUAAUAGAAUCAAAUCAAAAUCCUUAUUUAGUCAUCACUUUAGAACAUGAAAACUUUAUCAUUUUGAAAAAAGAUGAAGCUGAUCAAGCAAAUUUAAGAGUUAUGAAACAACAUGCAAUUCCUCAUUUAAAAUCUGAAGAUUUAAGAUUAUCUUCAAAUAAUAAUAAUAAUAAUAAUAAUAAUAAUAAUAAUAAUAAUGAUAAUAAUUUAAAUGUAAAUCUUAAUAAUAAUGAUAAUGAAGUUAAUAAUAAUAAUGAUAAUAGUAAUAAAACUAUUUUUUAA